UUUACUCAUUCUCACUUCAGUGAAGAAAGAAAGAAAAGAAUGGCUUUGAUUUGUAGUUGUCAAGAUUUUCACUCUAUGAAGUUAACUACCUUUGUUCCCUUCACAAAGACCCAUCUUGUAUACUCCAGGGUUUCCAUGUCUUCUUCUUUUUCUUCUUCUUCCGCCAGGUCCAUUGCCUCCAAGGAGGCUCUGCCAGGUAAUUUGGAAAAGUCUCUCGGCCAUGCUCAGAAGCCACAACGUUCUCUAUCAACAGUAACUCAUUCAAUGCCUCCAGAAAAGAUAGAAUUGUUCAAAUCCUUAGAAGACUGGGUUAAAACCAAUGUCUUGAUUCACCUAAAACCAGUAGAGAAAUGUUGGCAACCACAAGACUUUCUUCCAGACCCGGCAUCGGAUGGAUUCUUGGAACAAGUGAUAGAACUAAAAGAGAGGGCAAAGGAGCUUCCAGACGAUUACUUUGUAGUAUUGGUCGGAGACAUGAUCACUGAAGAAGCCCUUCCAACUUACCAGAGCAUGCUUAAUACCGCCGAUGGAAUUAAAGAUGAAUCAUGCUCAAGCCCCAGUCCUUGGGCCAUUUGGAUAAGGGGAUGGACUGCUGAAGAGAACAGGCAUGGUGAUCUUCUCAACAAGUACCUCUAUCUUUCUGGUCGUGUUGACAUGAAACAAAUCGAGAAGACUGUCCAGUAUUUGAUUGGGUCUGGAAUGGAUAUUAGGACGGAAAACAAUCCUUACCUUGGAGUGGUUUACACAUCAUUCCAAGAAAGGGCGACAUUCAUUUCUCAUGGUAACACAGGCAGGCUAGCCAAACAUUGUGGUGACAAUAACCUAGCACAGAUAUGUGGUACAAUAGCCUCUGAUGAGAAGCGUCAUGAAACUGCUUAUACCAAGAUAAUGAAGAAGUUGUUCGAGGUUGAUCCUGAUGCUGCUGUCAUAGCAUUCGCCAACAUGAUGCAGAAGAAAAUAACUAUGCCAGCUCACUUCAUGUAUGAUGGUCAUGAUGAUGAUUUGUUCAUACACUUCUCAAUUGUUGCUCAGCGGCUUGGUGUGUACACCGUCAUCGAUUAUGCUAAUAUACUGGGUUUUUUGGUGGACAAAUGGAAUGUAGAGAAGCUAAGUCAGCUCUCUACUGAGGGACGAAAGGCUCAGGACUAUGUCUGCAGGUUAGGUCAAAAAAUUCGAAGGCUAGAAGAGAGAGUUCCACUGAGAUCCGAAGAAAGACCUGCUAUACCUUUUAGCUGGAUUUUCAACAAAUCAGUGAAGCUCUAAAUAAAAUAGAAGACUUAUAAUAAUAACAAUAAUGGCUCUUCUCUAAGCCAUUACUAGUAGUAACACAAACUACUAGUUUGAUGUAUGAGUGCAGUGGCAGAAUCAAUAUAUGAAGGAAGGGGCACAACAUAACUGAUAAUUUCUCCAACUUUAUGGUUGAUGAAGUGUACUAUGCAAUGUU